UUUUUUCUCAUAUUUACAUUCCAUUUCACUCAUUUUCAUCGACCUUUCAUUUUUUCUAAUCAUGAAUCCUAUUCAUCGCUUGGCCCAGGUGUUUGCCCACCUCCGGGCUCAAGCUUUUGCUACGACAUCAGCUUCAUCUCCAAUGUCUCGUAUGGUUUCUGUUUCUACUUCUACAUCCUCUCUCUAUCGUAACUAUACCUCGUCCUCAUCUUCCCCUACUUCAAACAAAGGUGCUGCUGAUUCUACCACUACUGCCGCGACCACUCCAAAGGCUCACAAGGUCACCAAAAAGGACCGCGCCUUUUACCCUUAUUCCCUUGACAUCCAAUCCCGUUGGGCAGACAAUGAUCAAUACGGUCACCUCAACAAUACUUAUUAUUAUGCUCUCUUUGACACGGUGAUAAACACAUUCCUCAUCCAAGAGGCAGGAUUAGACCCACAUAACCAAAGUCAGGGCACAGCCAUUGGCGUAGCCGCUGAGUCAGGUUGUCAAUAUUUUGAUUCCCUUUCGUUCCCAGACAUGAUCGAGGCACGAUUAGCUGUGAUCAAAUUGGGACGAUCCAGUGUUGUCUAUCAGGUUGGUAUUUUCAAGAAACUUUCGCUUACACAACGACAACAACAACAACAAGAAGGAGGAGGAGAAGCAGGAGCAGGAGGUAAUACGGUUACUCGAGGUGCAUCUCCAUCGUCCGCAGGAGUAUUUUCGAGAGCUGCGACAUCAGUCUUGGAUCCUGUAAAGGAAGCAGAUAUCGACAAGGUAUUCCAUCCGAACCAGCUUCAGGGAGAUGUGGCAGCAGCUGGACAUUUCUGUCAUGUCUUUGUGGACAAGAACAGUCGUCGGCCUGUUCCGAUCCCUGAAAGGAUCCGUGCCGGAUUAGAACGUCUUCAAGUGACACCAUGAAUACUAUCAUAUUGAAAAUAAUAAUAAUAAAAAAAAAAAAGAAGAAGAAGAAAUAGAGAUAGAAAUAGAGAUAGAAUCAGAACAUUGCUUGAUGGAUAUCUCAAGAGGCAGCUUCUUUUUCUGCGUUGGUAUCUUUGCUCCCA